GUAGGGUUAUACGAAUAGCAUUUUUCCUUUCCAUAAUACUUUGGAAUGAAGUGACUUUAACGGAAUCAACAACCGUCAACAUUUAAGCUUCCUUUGCUUUUGCCUUCUGGGUGUUGCCACUUGCCAGUUGCCACCGCCGCCACGCAAUUCCUCCAUCGCCACCCCCAUGACCUCUACUCUUCCUUCUUCUUCCCCCUGGCCUCCCCUUAACCCUACAUCUCCCCCAUUCAUGGCUGACAAUUCUGCUCCCGACGCCGACGACCGCUCCCCGCUCUCCGACCUCUCCGAUAUCUCAUCCGCCGUCACGUCCGCAGCCGCCGCCGCCGCCGCCGCCGACGACGACCGGCGCUCCCAAACCUCACCACCGCUCACCACCGCAACUACACAUAAUUCUAACCCUAACCCUGUUUCUCCACCCGUUGAUUCCUUUCCCCCUUCCCUCCUCCACCUCUCCUUUAACCAGGACCACGGCUGCUUUGCUCUCGGGAUCAAUCGCGGCUUCCGAAUCUAUAACUGCGAUCCUUUCCGAGAGAUUUUCCGCCGCGACUUCUCUAAUACUGGCGGAGGCGGUGGAAUUGGGGUAGUUCAGAUGCUCUUCCGAUGUAAUAUCCUAGCCCUAGUCGGUGGAGGUCCGGAGCCGCAGUAUCCUAUGAACAAAGUAAUGAUCUGGGACGAUCACCAGUCCAGGUGCAUCGGCGAGCUAUCAUUCCGGUCGGAGGUGAAGUCGGUCCGGCUCCGGAGGGACCGGAUUGUGGUCGUUCUGGCGCAGAAGAUAUUCGUAUACAAUUUCGCGGAUUUGAAGCUGUUGCAUCAAAUAGAGACUGUGGUAAACCCUAAGGGAUUGUGUGAAGUCUCGCAUGUGUCAGGGUGUAUGGUGCUAGUUUGCCCUGGAUUGCAGAAGGGGCAAGUUAGGGUUGAACAUUAUGCUUCCAAGAAAACCAAGUUUAUUAUGGCACACUCCUCCAGGAUAGCCUGUUUUGCACUCACAAACGAUGGGAAGAUGCUUGCAACUGCAAGCAGUAAAGGGACUCUCGUCAGAGUGUUCAAUACUUUUGAAGGAUCAAUGUUGCAAGAGGUUAGGAGAGGUGCAGACAGGGCAGAGAUUUAUAGUCUUGCUUUUAAUUCAACUGCCCACUGGCUAGCUGUUUCAAGUGAUAAAGGAACCGUUCAUGUGUUUAGCCUAAAGGCUGAUUUAGAAUCAACAGGAGUUGAGAAAGCUCAUGAUCCAUCUGAAACGAAAGAAACUACUUCACCAGGUGUUUCACAGCUCUCCUUCAUCAAAGCGUUUAAUCAUGCAGGUGUGCUACCAAAAUAUUUCAGUUCCGAGUGGUCUGUUGCCCAGUUCCGCUUGCAAGAAGGUUUGCAGCAUAUUGUUGCCUUUGGCCACCAAAAGAAUACCAUUGUGAUACUUGGCAUGGAUGGCAGUUUCUACAGAUGCCAGUUCAAUGCAGCAGAAGGUGGGGAGAUGAGACUUCUUGAACAUCACAACUUCUUGAAGCCUGAGGAUAACAACUUCUAACUCGCACACAAAACAUGCAGAGCAUAGUUUUGUAUUUAUCUUUCCACAAUUUCUAUUCAACUGUAAAAUAUGCCUGCCAGACAUAAUUGGGACAGCUUGCAGUACUGUACUGGUUGGUUGUAUAUAAACUCUCUCUCUCUCUCU